AUGCAUGCUAAAUCCAGGCUCCAGCAUCCAGAAGCUGUGCAAGUUCCUCUACUUCUUAACACUCAUCAAGACCACCUGGAGCCGCCUGUCUUCCCCAUGCAGAGGGGCUCCCUCAACCUCCUGAGACAGAAAUGGGAAUCCAGCGAUUACCAGAAGAGCGAAUGUUGUCCUGGAGGCAGCCGUUGCAGGCUCUUCCAACCACAAGAAAACAAACUGCUGGGACCUGAAGGCGAGAGGGUAUCUGCCCCUGCAUCUCCCGAUCCCCCAAGUCAGCCCUGCAGGGUGGAAGAGGUGCCGAGUUCCCUCUCAGAGAAAGGCCCCGAGGAGGACAAGAGGGACAAUCCCCGGGGAGGUGGCCCGCUGGAGGUGCUGAAGGAAGAUUCCGUUCGGAGUCGGCGCAGGAUUGAAAGGUUCUCUAUUGCCCUGGAGGAGCUGAGGAGCGUGUUUGAGGCUCCUAGGAGUGAAGGCAGACCAGCUGGACCAGCUGAGGAUGCCCCACAGGAAGCGGAAGUUGAGCGAAGUGUACGUUCACCGACAUUUAAAAGUCGCCCUAGAAGCCAGUCGGAGGAUUCUGUGAACCCUUCAGCCACAAAAGGAGGGGAAGCAUCUUUUGACAAGAUGUCAUCUGAGAGUGGUCACAGUCAGAUCUUUGAAGGUUAG